AUGAAGGCCUCACAGUUUCUCGCCUACCUAUUGGCAUCGCAAGCAGUCAGCGCUGCUUCGAUACCUGAAUUUAGCAAUGCGCUCAACGUCCUCGAAGAGCGCCGCGUCGUUCCUGCAUCGGAAGUCGUCUCUCCAGACCACACGCUAGAGCGUCGCAAGGGCGGCGGUGGACGCGGCGGAGGCAGCAGUGGAGGCAGCAGUGGCAGUGGCAGCAGUAGCAGCGGAGGCCGAGGUGGCAGUAGUAGCAGCACAGGCUCAGGCCCAUCACGCUCAUUCGGCGGAGGACGAUACUACGGCGGCGGUGCAGCCGUACCUUAUUCCGCGGGAGGAAGGACCCCCAGGGGUCUUUCACCUGGUCUCUUGCUCGCACCCGCAGCAAUCCUCCUCAUCAUGCCCGGUCUCUGGCUCUACAGCGUCUACCCAUACUACUACAGCAACCCAUACCGCUUCUACAACCAGUCCGCUACCGAUGACGACAACGACAGGAAGAGAUCUCUCUGGACCCGCCAGACACAGGGCCGUAACGAGACACUACCUGUUAUGUGUCUCUGCCAGGAGUUCAGCGUUUGCGGUUGCGACGAGAACGACGACCAGCAGUACCUGGAUGAUCUGGUUGGCAAUGGUAGCUACGCUGCGCUCAACAAGUCGCUGAUUACUGUUUCCGAUGUCAACGGCACUAAGACCCUCGUCCUCAAUGGUACUCUUCCCAAUGGUACCACGGCGCCUGGCGGUGAGGGCGCGGCUGCUAGCUUGACAGUUGGCAACCUUGCUGGCUACUAUGCCGUUGCUCUGCUCGUGGUUGCUGGCGUCAUGCUGUAA